AUGCCAGCUUCUUUCAUUUAUAUCGCAUUUCUUUUGAUUCUGUUCGAUACGAAACAGGAAUGUUCACAGACGACUCAUAGCGUUAUCUUUGACCGCGUCUGCCGAGAAGGCGGCAAAUUCCAUGUCUUCCAAAGUUCAGAUAAAACGAAGAAUCUUUCUUUUAGUUUUUCUUACUGUCUUUCUUUCUGUCUCCCUUACUGUCACACGCUCUUCUACUGUCUCUCUUUCUGUCUCUUUCUUUCUGUCUCUUUCUUUCUUUCUUUCUGUCUCUUUCUUUCUGUCUAUUUUACUUGUCUUUCUUUCUGUCUCUCGUACUGUCUCUUUCUUUCUUUCUGUCUCCUUGACUGUCUAUUUUACUGUCUAUUUCUGUCUUGUUAUCUUUUUUCCGUCUGUCUUACUGUUUCUCUCUCUCUCUCUCUCUCUCUCUCUCUCUCUCUCUCUCUCUUUACUGGCUUUCUUUUAGCUUAUCUUACUGUCUUUCACUCUGUCUUUCUUAAUGUCUCACUCUGCCUUACUCUCUUUUUCUCUCUCGCUUACUGUGUGUGUAUCUCUCUUUCUUACGGCCACUAUUUCUAUCUCUCUUGCUGUCUCUGUCUAUCUUAUUAUUAUUCUUUUUGUCUCUUUUACAAUCUCUUCUCUGUGCUUCUCUCUUACUGUCUCUAUCUCUGUUUGUCCUUUUUUUUCUGUCUUUUUCCUAUUGAUUAUCUCCUUAUUGUCUCUCAUAUUCUGUCUUUGUUUCUGUAUCUCUCUCUUACUUCUUUCUGUCUCUCAUACUUCUUUUCUUUCUAUCUCUGUUACAGUCUCACUCUCACUUACUGUCUUUUUUAUGUCUCUCUUAAUUUGUAUGUGUCUCUUUUGUUUUUCUUUCUGUCUCUUUUACUCUCUUUCUUACUGUUUCUAUCUCUUACUGUCUCUUUUUUGUCUCUCUUACUCUCUUUUACUGUGUCUCUUUUUCUCUUACUGUUUCUCUUUAAGUCUCUUUUACUCCGUGUGUGUGUGUGUCUCUCUCUCUCUCUCUUUACUGUCUCACUUUCUAUCUAUCUCACUCUGUGUCUGUCUUAUACUUUCUUUUUCUGUCUCUUUUACUCUCUCUCUCUUAUUGUCUCUCUUUCGGUCACUGUUACUCUCUUUCUCUUACUGUCUGUCUUUCUCUUUGUGCCUUUCUUACUCUCUCUCUCUCUCUUUGACUCUCUCUCUCUCUUUGACUCUCUCUCUUUAUCCCCCCUCUCUCUCUCUCACUUUCUUUCUUCGAAAUUUUUGAUAUGUUAUUUCUAUUUUUUUUAUUUCUUUAAUCGAUCAAGUGUAAUCUUGAAAUAUGUCUUUGAUAACCGUCUGCAUUCAUCUUUAUUCGCUUCUCUUCUAUUUAUUUCUUCAAAUACCACAUUUGCCCCCUUCAAAUCACCAUCUGUCAGUCCUUAUUCUUUUGAAUACAAAUUCUUCAAUACAUUCUUUUGCUUUUAUUCAUUCUCAUGA